AAGCGAGCGAGCACCAACACAUUGUACUUGUGACCGUCAUGUCUAGGCUUGCCUCCAGAUCUAUCAGAGCCCUGUCGAGCGCACGCUCUGCCUCGAACCGUACCCUCGAAUAUGGCUCAGUACAUCGCGGACCUACACUCGCAACUCUGCCUCAGGCAUCCACGCCCCAAAAAGCUGCGCCGUCGUUCGGCGUAGCAUCCCCACAAUGUCGAUCCAUGUUCAUACAGACAGAGACUACGCCCAAUGACGAUCUCUCAAAUUCAUACUGUUCCUUGACACGCGAUCAGCAGUUAAAAUCUCCACUUGCAAUCCGUCUUAUGGGCAUUGAGGGUGUCAAAGCUAUUUUUUACGGUCCGGAUUUCGUCACGGUGUCGAAAGACAGCGAAAACCCGUGGGCAGUCAUCAAGCCAGAGAUUUACUCAAUACUUAUGGAGCAUUUUUCUGCCGGUUUACCACUUUUCCGAUCGGAAGAGGACAGAGAAGCCGCCGGCCCUCAGGACACUCAGAUUCUUGACACGGACUCUGAGACGGUAGCGAUGAUUAAAGAGCUGCUUGAAACUCGUGUCCGACCAGCGAUCAUGGAAGACGGUGGCGAUAUAGAAUACCGAGGGUUUAGUGACGAAGGCUUUGUGAAAGUUAAAUUGAAGGGAAGCUGCAGAGGGUGCUCAUCUAGCGCCGUAACGUUGAAGUCUGGAAUUGAGAGGAUGUUGAUGCAUUAUAUCCCGGAGGUGAAGGGUGUAGAGCAGAUCUUGGAUGAAGAGGAGGUCAUUGCAUUGGAUGAGUUUGCCAAGCUCGAGGAACGGCUGGCGAAGAAUGGAAAGAAUAAAGAUUCCAAGUGAGUCGCUUCUGGCAUCAGUGGUGGCUUAACGAGUUUACUCGCACAGGAUGGCACGAUAUAUGUCCGUAUGAGAGGCUGUUACCUUACACUACUGAAGUUGACUUUAUACUCGAUGCCUGCUGAGCCCUCCGAUGUCUACUGUAGAUCAUACAAGUAAUCUACAAUUCAGGCGUCACGAGGGUAAUGUCAGAAUUAUACAUAUUCCCACCUCACAAAA